ACAUCCAAAUUUAGUCUAAUAUUUUUGUGAUAUUUUAUGUAGAUUGGUCGUGUCCCCACCGUCGUUCAAAUUCUUUUUAUUCUGGUGAUGGGCACUACUCCUCCUUCAACAAAAAUAUAAACCAAAUAACACGACCAGGGGGUGUGUUAUAAACAAAAAAUUCCUACCAGGCCUAUUCAGAUUUGUUUAAUCCACGACACGGUUGCAACCAUUAGUUAGGUAAGCCAAUAAGAUAUUAAAGACUAAAUUAUUAACAGUAUCUUGACACCCGCAAAAUGUCGUCUAAUCCAGAAGAAGAUGAUUAUGCUAGCAAUAUUGAUGAUCAAUUAAUUAGUGCAGUUAAACAAGAUAAUAUUGAUCAUAAUUCUAACCAAGUUAAAUUAGAACAUUUAGCUGCAACAACAUCAACAUCAAAAGUUAAAGAUUCGCAACAAGAUGAUCAAGAAAUCCUGCAACAACAAACUUCACAAGUGCAACUGCAACAACAACAACUUCUGCAACAACAACAACAAUUCAAUCGACAAGCUGUUGUUACUGCCCGACAAAUUGCUGGAGCACAAAGACAAUAUCAACAAUUACAGCAACAACAACAACAACAUGAACAACAACGUCAAUUACAUCAACAACAUCAACAACAAGCUGAAUUACAUGGACAUUAUGGUCAACCAGAUGAUUUGGAUUCAGAAUAUAAUAUUCAAAUCCCUGAUCCAAUAGUAGACUCUAAACUGAAAAUUUAUCCAGUUUCUGAAAAUACUAUUACAGCUGAUGGAAAUUUAAUUACAAGAACUUAUCCAGAACAAGCUUUUCAUAAUCGUGAUGAUUUAAAUGAUUUUAUUCAAGAUUUUGCUCGCGAUAAUGGAUUUGGAGUUGUAAUUUCUCAUUCAAAUAAGAAAGCAAUUUAUUAUACUUGUGAACUUGGAGGUCGUUACAGACAUAAAAAAUCUAAAAAAGGUGGAGUUAUUGAAGAUACUUCAAGACAAGUUGAUGUUGGUGGAGGUUAUUUAUUGGAUCCAAGUACUAAAACCAAAAAAUUAAGAUGUCCAUUUGCGAUGACAGCAAGUUUUAAAAAGUCUACUGGAGUUUGGACUUUAAGAACUACUUGUAAUGAACAUAAUCAUCCACAAUUAGAUCCAUUAGCUAAUCAUCCAAUGCUUAGAAAGAGAUCAGAUGAAUUAAAUUUAUUAAUUUUAGAUUUAUAUAAGGUUGGUACAAAACCUUCACAUAUUGAAUCUAAAAUUAAAGAACAAUAUCCUGAUGUUAUUAUUAAACGUGAAGAUAUUUAUAAUGAAAUAAGAGGUUAUAAGAGAAAAUUAAAGAAACAAAAUGCUAGAUAUGGAUUUGGAUCUAGACUUAGUCAUACUAAAAGAAAAAUUGCUGCAUUACAAGCAGCUGGAAUUACUGGUAAUCAUACUAGUAGUGGUCCAAAUACUGGUCCAAAUGAUGUAAAUGCUAAUGAUGAUGCUGUUGCAGCUGCUACUAAUGCACUUUUAAGUGCUGGUGAUGUUGUUGAUGAUUCUCAAGGUUCAUCUGAUCCUCAAGUAUUACAAUAUCUGCUGCAACAACAAGAAGAAUUUCAACGUCAAUUUGUGGCUGCUGCUGUUGCUCAACAACAACAUCAUGUAAGUCAUCAUCAAAUUGAUGAUUCUCAAUAUCAACAUUAUCAACAACAUUUACAAGAUCAUGAUGAAAGUACUGCUGCUGCUGCCAUUGCUGCAGUUAAUGCUUCUCGUCAUGGAUUCCAUCAUAGUGAAGGUGAUUUAUCGAUGGAAAAUAUCGAUAGUAGAUUAGUUGGUGAGUAAAGUAAUUUGUUUCCAAUAGUUUAAGUGUAUAUUAGUUGUUCUAUAAAUAAGAUUUAAAAAAAAAUUCCCAAUA